AUGACCCCUAUAUCGACCGGAAGUCGGAUCCAGUCGCAACACAACCAGACUUCUAACAGUCGCUAUGAUUCCGUACCACGUCGAAUGACCUCAACAUCAAUGUGGUCGUCUCAGUCCGGUCCCAGAGAUGACUAUGAUGAACUUAACGAUGUUACGGAGAUGGAGACACGUCUUGAUGAUAAUGAGAUGAAAUUGUGGAAUGCUGUGGAGGCAAGUGCGGCAGAGGUAGCGUGGUUGAGCACUAAUUUGUCCAAAGCAUGUACAUCCCUCUCUAACCAUUUCCUUGCUGAUCCCCUCGAGCUCACUGAUCUUGUGGAUCAACUUCCAACCCUCACAGGUGUUACAGGAGAAACCUCUCAUUCAUUCCCAUAUACCGGAUUCAUCUCCCCAUCAUCAUGCGUAAGGUGUAACGAGGAAACAGAAUUGACAAGCUCACUGAACCACGUUACAACAUCCUUCUUAGCAAAAAUGGAUGAUUCCAUCUUUGACCCACAGUUCAAGAAAGUAUUGUCCAAAGGGGUCGAUAAGAUUGUUGCACUUACCAAGACACGUCAAGGUAGUUUACAUCCAGGAUAUAAAGCCAUUAACCGUGAUGGAAGUUCUCAACAAGAUCAAUCAACGGAGAUAGUUUUGCAACCUCCUUGGGAUAUAGAAGGAUUGAGACAUGUAGAUGAAGAAACAUGUGAAGGUUGUUGGGGGAAUACGGAUGAGACGUAUUUGGAAGAACAUGAGAGAGGGUUGAGAUUGAGAGAUCAGGUGGUGGCAUGGAGUGAGAGGUUGGCAAGUUUAGCUAAGAGUGCAGGGGCGGAAAGAGAUAGGAUGAGGUCUUGGAAAGUUAAGCGUAGGAAUAGUGCAACAAGUGUGGAGAACAAACGAUCAGGAGUAUGA